AUGAGCAACAAAGUCACCCAUUUUUUGACCGUUAUCAAUCCAGAAAGUCGGUCAGAUAGUUCUGACGGUGCACCGUUGCAGCGCAUCCUCCUUAUGCCUGUCCACAUUUCGGUCUCUGUUGCCGAAGAAUAUGGACCGUUUACCUCCCCAGUUAUGGAGGCCAUAUCAGUAGAUCUUUGCUCUACUUGUUCGAAUUCACCAUUAAUGGAUGAUUCAACUCCCAGUCAAGCCAACAACGAUCUUUCCUCCCAAGCGGAUGACAUUAUUCCAUUCCUCCCACUCCGACGAACCUUCAACUAUAUUAAUCCGAUGGAAUGGGCCACACUAUCGAAGGAGAUCGAAGAAUGGUUGGUGAACGAUGUAGACACUAGGUCUCAAUUAUGGACAUGGGGAUGCAAUGCUUUCUGGCUCACGUUCGUCGCAGCAUACCCUUUAUUUCCCAGAGGCAAAUGGCCAAUGUGGGACCCUCACAUUCCUGUGGAGGGGACAUUUAUUCAGGAGUGGUUGGGACGGUCGAAUGAUAUUGAUGCCAUGAAACUUGAGGGCGAACAUUCUCUCGUGGCCCUACUCAAUGACAUAUGGGCCGAAUUCAACAGACAUACUGCGCUCUUUCACCCCUUGCCUCUUCUUGCUGUCGACUAA